AUGUCCAGAAUUUAUGGAAAUUGGGAAAGAUUGGUCAGGGAAACGUUGCGAAGAGAGGAAUUUCGUCGCAGCGCUUUAAGGUCGCCCAGUGAUCUUUCCUCCUCCAGUCUUAGUCUUAGUUCCCCUGAUGAUGAUGGUGAUGAAAAACUUCCUUGUCCUAGCUUUUUAUCAUUUACUUACAGCCAAAUUCUUGAAGCCACAAAUGACUUUAAUCCUUCCAAUCUCAUCAGCCAUGCGAAAUCUGGGAGACUGUUUCGUGGUAGUUUGAGAGAUGGAACUCGUGUGGUAGUCAAGAUGGUUGAUCGUUUGGGUUUCCGGUUAACAAGAACCGUCGAAAUCCACAGAGAGCUUUCUCAUUCCAGAUUAGUGCCUUUGCUUGGAGAUGUCCAGAACUUGUUGGUUUACAAGUACAUGUCAAAGGGGGAUCUGUCGAGAAAUUUGCGCGAAAUUGGUUGUUGGGAAAGGAGGUUGAAGAUUGCUAUUGGAGCUGCUGAGGCUUUAACCUAUCUGCAUCAUGAGUUUAUGCCUCCCCUUGUUCACAGGUGA